AAAUCCCUCAGGGCGGAGGAGGGCGGGGACGCAGAGCAUCUCGGGGACGCCUAGCCUGGAGGCCGUAGAGCUGUUUCUGCCUGUGGAGUAGCUCUGUCUCUUCCUCCCCGGGAAUACGAAUAAAAGAAUCUGAAAAAGUUGGAGAAGAUAAAGUAUAUUCAGUCGCUAAGCCAGAAGAUCAACAAAGUAGGAAAUGCACAAUUUUGAGGACGAGUUAACAUGUCCCAUUUGUUACAGUAUUUUUGAAGAUCCUCGUGUACUACCAUGCUCUCAUACAUUUUGUAGAAAUUGCUUGGAAAAUGUUCUUCAAGCAUCUGGGAACUUUUAUAUAUGGAGACCUUUACGAAUUCCACUCAAGUGCCCCAAUUGCAGAAGUAUUAUUGAAAUUGCUCCAAGUGGUAUUGAAUCUUUACCUGUUAAUUUUGCAUUAAGGGCUAUAAUUGAAAAGUACCAGCAAGAAGACCAUCCAGAUAUCGUUACCUGUCCUGAACAUUAUAGACAACCAUUAAAUGUUUACUGUCUCCUAGAUAAAAAAUUAGUUUGUGGUCAUUGCCUUACCAUAGGUCAACAUCAUGGUCAUCCCAUAGAUGAUCUUCAGAGUGCCUAUCUGAAAGAAAAGGAUACACCUCAAAAACUGCUUGAACAGUUAACUGACACACACUGGACAGAUCUUACUCGUCUUAUUGAAAAGCUGGAAGAACAGAAAUCUCAUUCAGAGAAGAUGGUCCAAAGUGAUAAGGAAGUUGUUCUCCAGUAUUUUAAGGAGCUUAGUGAUACAUUAGAACAGAAAAAAAAAACCUUCCUAGCUGCUCUUGGUAAUGUUAGCAAUCUGAUUAAUCAAGAAUACACUCCACAAAUUGAAAGAAUGAAAGAAAUAAGAGAGCAGCAGCUUGAAUUAAUGACACUGACAACAUCUUUACAGGAAGAGUCUCCACUGAAAUUUCUUGAAAAAGUUGAUGAUAUCCGCCAACAUGUACAGAUUUUGAAACAAAGACCACUUCCUGAGGUUUACCCUGUUGAAAUUUAUCCUCGAGUAAGCCAAAUACUGAAAGAAGAUUGGAGCAGGACAGAAAUUGGACAAAUUAAGAAACUUCUCAUUCCUGAAAUGAAAAUUUCUUCAAAGAGGAUGCCAUGUUCCUGGCCUGAUAAGGAUGAAAAAGAAGUCGAAUUUUUUAAGAUUUUAAACAUCGUUAUAGUUACAUUAAUUUCAAUGAUACUGAUGUUGAUCCUUUUUUUUAACCAACACAUAAUCACCUUUUUAAAUGAAAUCACUUCAAUAUGUUUUUCUGAGGUCUCUCUAUCUGUUUACCAAAGUUUAUCUAACAAUUUGCAUGAUUUAAAGAAUAUGCUAUGUCACACUUUAUAUUUACUGAAGGAAUGCAUGUGGAAAAUAUUUUCUCAUUGAAAAUUCAAAUCUGAAUUGCUUAAAUAGGCUUAUUCUGUACAGCAGAGACCAACAAUUGCUAAAGGGAGAAAUAGGGUAGCAUGGAUAAAUAGCAAACUAAAUUAUCAGAGUUGCAAAUACAAAUACAUAGAAAUGUUAAACCAUCCAUGUGUCUUAGAUGGAAAUAUGUCAGAAAUGACACAGAAUGUGUCUAAACUAGAAUAUCUAGUAACUAAUACAUUAUCCUAUUUUAUUUUGCAUGAUGCUGACUUUAUUGCUGUGACAUUGAAAUAUUUCUGUACCAAUCCUGUCUUUUAGCAUUAUUUCUUUUACAUCAUCAUAUGCUGCAGUGGUUGGUUAGUGUUGCAGUUCUUUAUGUAUACAUAGCUUUUAGGUUAAAAGAUGGCAAAAUCCCUCAAGUGCAUAUAUACCUGUAUUUUGAUGUGGCCCUGGAGCCUUUGGGCAAAACCAGGAGGGUGAGUAGAGGUUUUAAUUCAAGCAGCAGUCUAAAAGUGGUAAGGGAUUGCUUACAUUAAGGUUAUUUCUGAUCAAACAUACAUGAUACGUUAAUGUAUUUUAGAUAAACAUUGCAUUAAAUCUAUCAACAUUCAUUCCUAACAAACUGCUGAUUUUGGAAAUGUGUUAGGGAACAGUGACCUUUCAAAUAAUGGUCUUUACUUUAUGGUUUGUGUAAAUGACUUUUGGUUAGUGCUUUAUUUAGUCUUGCCAAUUUUUGGAUAAAAGCUCUAAAAACAUGUUAUUAGAAUAGUAUAUUGUUGAUAUAUUCCAUCCUCAUUAGAGUUAGGUGGCAUCAUGUUAACUAUAUUCGUCUUAAAAAUGGUCUUAAGUUUUCUGCGAUUUGCUUAUGUGAAUAUCAAAGUACCAAUAAUUUAAUCUUUUCUUGAAUUUUGCUUAAAUGGGAGUCUGUAGUUAUUAAGUCAAAUCCCUUUAAUUAGUUCCAUUAUUAACAGGGACUGGAAUUGUGCUUGUGGUAGGACUUUUGGCUCUUUUGUCCAUGGAACUGUAAAUAUAAGGUUAUUUGCUUUCCAGAAAUCCUAAAUCAGCUGUUGCUCUUGGAUCCAUUCCCUAGGAGUCCUACCUAGCUCAGACUUUCAGGUCAUAUUAGGGAAUGCUCCUGGUCCUAGGUUACAUAUAAAAUGUCAUGAAUUAAUAUGACUAUAGUUCUAAAUUACUCCUGUUUAUUUAAGUUUUGAGAGAGAACAUGAGCAGGCUCCAGGCUCUCAGCUAUCAGCAUGGGGCUCGACGUACGGCUCGAAUUCCCUAGCUGUGAAAUCACAACCUGAGCUGAAGUCGGAUGCUCAACUGAACCAUUCAGGUGCCCCUACUGAGAAGAAGUCUUAACACAAAAAUGGCUGGCUGUAUUAAAUUUAUGAUCAGAAUUAUCUAGCACAAUAAACAGUCAUGUGGGCAAAAAACAUUUGCAGGGUAUUAAUGGAAGUGGAGGGGAGAGAGAUUGAAGUAUCGAAAUAUACAACAUAGUAACUUUACGCUGAAGUUGCAUUAAAUUUUAGUCACAACACAAAAAUGCCAUGUAUUUUUUGAGUACAUGUAUUAAUUAGUAAGCACUGAUAUUUGUUAGCUAUUAUGGGUCAAGCACUUACUGAAGUAGGUAUUCUACUUUUUAUAGAUAAGGAAACCCCAAAGUAAUUUGUCCAAGGCCAUACAGCCAGCAUAUGUGAGAACCCAUGUAUUAUUUUGAAAGUCCUGCUGUCAUGGUAUCAAAACUUUAAGCCAGUAGUUUUAUUUUUAUUAAAUUAAGGCUUCUAAUUUAUAUCUAAGAAUCAUUUAUAACUAAAAAUUGAAGCAUAUACCUAUGAACAUUUUAGGUUUGACAAACAUUUUGUAACUUGCCAGUUCUUAGUAGACAAAACUAUUUACAAAUUUUAUGUAGUAUGCAUGAACAUAGUCCCGAAUACAAAUAACUGAUUCUUACACAUGCUGCCUCUGUUUUGUAAUUUUUACCAGGAGUAUGAAAUUAUAAAAUUUAAAGUAUAUAAUCUUGAUAUAUUUCUAAGUUUUAUGUAUAACAAAAUAUUUUAAUAAACUUAUUUUGCUACUUUACUUGCACUGAGUGUCAUAAUAAGGUGCUCAAACUCAGGAGUGGUAUCUUUGGAAUUCAUAUAGGUUAUGGGAAUUAACUCUACAUGUAGUAAGAGUUAAAUUCCAUUUACCACUACUCUCACCCACUGAAAAAGCAUGAUUAUAGUUUUACUUUUCCCUUCUAUAUAAUCUUGAUUUAAAACAAAUGACCAUACUGGAGUUUCAGAUUUUACUUUAUUUAAGUACAUGCUAAUGUAUUUACAUAUUUAAUGACUGUUAUGAUACAAACCAUCUUUGUUGGAUCUUUUUAGUACCUAAACAAUCAUCAUUGAAUAGAGAGCUUUUAGUUUUAAUUCCUUAGGAUCAAUAUCUAGAAAUCAAAUAGGGCAAAGACUUUUUAAUCAAUAUCAAGAAAUUCCUCUUGAAAACCAAGUGGUUGCCAACUUUCAGUAGCACUAUAACACUGAGCUAAUGCAGUGUAGAAAAUUAAAGGGGGGGGGGAACCCCUGGUAAUUGGACAAACAGCAUAUAAUUUCCAUUUAUACUAAGGAAGCUGUUAACCCCUACAUAUUUUUAUGAGGCAAAGAUAGUGGGUAUUCAUUCCUUUUCAACUGAUGAGUUACCUCAGAUACUGUCUCAGUUUGAUGGUUCUCUUGGAAGUUUUAAACACAAGUUUUAGAAAAGCACAUAAAAUAUUUAACUUCUCAUCAUGCAGAAUUCACAACGGUUUAAAAAACAAAACAUUCCCAGUGUUUGGGUUGUAGAUACAAUGAUUGUCUAAAUUAGUAAAUUAAAUAGAAUACCUUAAGAAUUUAUUCAAUUAAGUAGCUGGUAGGCUUUUCCCGUGUAGGUCAAAGAUACAUGAUGGUAUGCUUGCUGCCUCUUGGUUAAUAUGCUCUAGUUCAGAACUUUAUUGCUCAUCAAUGAACUUCCUUUUAACUCUGCUGGCAACAA